CUCACACAAAUCCUCCUGAGCUCUGGUUUGUAUAAAGCCUCUCCUGGCAACCGAGACUUAGCUGUGGGUCUGGGAGCAGAGAGGAGCACACUUCUGUCACUUCUGGGGUGACAUGUCAGAGAGUGGUGGUCUGGGGAGCCCAAGCCUGUCUCCCUAAUCAUGGACACCCAGAAGACACAGAAGCAGAGCGACGGUAGUGAGGACGAGAGUGAUAAGUUUGAUGAAUACAUGGAUGAGAAUGGCAUCAUCAGGACAGAGGAACAAGGGGAUUUGAGACUUGAUGAGCAAGGGAUUCUGACACUGGAAGAACAAGGACACUUUGGACUGCAGGAGCAAAGGAUUCCAAGACUGGACGAGGACUUGUUUUUGGAACUAGACCAGCAAGGCAUUUCCUACCCACAGCCCCAUUCAGAUGAAGACAGCCAUAGCUGGGAAGAGCACUUUAGCUUUUCUCAGUUGUCUGAAGAAAGAAAUCAUGAUUUACUAGAAAUGGAAAACUCAAGAAAUAGUGACAUCAUCACUGAGCAACAUGAAACAGAUGGUCAAGCUUCCGAGGAUCACCCGGGGGUUUCGCUGUCCUUGCCACCUCCGUUAGACUGGCGUCCUCCUAGCAGAGACCAACAACUGGACAUGACAGAGGAUGAACAGGAUCGAGGCAGCUCCGAGGGAAAAUGGGAAGAGGAAGAAGAGGUAGACUGGAGUCAAGGACCUUCUGACCUGCCCUAUGAUGCAAGCCCAGUGAGGUUUGAAGGAAAUGGCGAAACAUCUGGUGGGGAAGAGCAAUGGGAAGAAAGCUACUCACAAAAUUCAGGAUUACAGGAAGAUGAACCCAACACAUUUUCUAGUUCACCAUCUCCCCAACCCAUGCCAAGACCGUGGGGUUCUGAACUUAUAAGUCACCUUGAGGGGUUGACCAUUUCCCCUGGUAUAGAAGAUGAAACUCUCCCAGAAUCUUUGUACACGGACAGUGGGGAAGGGACCGCCACCACUCCUCUGGAAGGCCGUAAGAGGAUAGCCUCCAAACGCACAAAGUAUGAGUCUACCUCUACCCCUUCCAGGACUUGGCAUGCGGAUGAUACCAACACGAAGACCAGCAAAGCUUCUACUACCCCAGUGUAUGGCCGAGGGCAACUUAAUUAUCCCCUGCCCGACUUAUCCAAAGUUGGACCCAGAGUGAAACUUCCCCGUGAAGAUCAGAUUUAUCGCCCUCCUCAGCCGCGUCGGUUAGAGAAUCCGACACAGGCUGCUCCCGUCGUCUUUAAAUCUCCUGCAGAGAUAGUACGGGAGGUCCUGCUGAGCAGCACAGAGACAUCUAACAAGGAAGCAGCAGUUCCACGUACCACUCCCAAAGAGUUCAAGACCCCUCAACAAGCCACUGAACUGGUCCAUAGACUCCAGGAGGAUUACCACAAGCUCCUCACUAAGUACGCUGAGGCUGAAAAUACCAUUGACCGUCUGAGACUGGGCGCCAAAGUAAACUUGUACUCUGACCCCCCAAAACCAAGCCACAGUGUGGAGAUGGGGACAGUCCUACAAGGGUCAAAGCCCAUGGAGAUCACCAUCCCCAAAGCUCAGACAGCGACGUUCAGCACAGUUAGUGAACAACAAGAAGGGGGCUCAGGAUCUCCAGCACCUUCCAAUCCUGCUGUAUUACCCCGAGAUCUAACGUCACCCAUCACAUCUCCUACCUCCCGUCUUGACUCCCCCGAGGACAUCACCUUCACCCUGACUUCGUACAUAGAUCUAUUUCAGCAAGAGGUAGAUCAAUUUGAGAAGCUGUGGCAUGAUGGAAAAUUGACUCCUGGAGAACAACAGCAGGCUCUGUGGGAGCUCCGUGGGUCUCUUGACGCAUUGGAAAGACAGUAUUUAAAAGCACGAGAGGAGUAUCGCCAGGGGAAGCAGCACAGUGGAGCCGGACAUCUUCCAGAAGAGCUUGAUCCCCACAGGGUACUUGAAGGAGCCAUUUUCCAACUGGGAGUGCGUCUAGAUGAGCUACAAGACAAAGUACAACACUCAACUCUGCCCGCUCAUCCCACGGAACUAGAUGUGGAUCAAGAGGACAUAGCUAUCAACGAUCCUCUUCAAGCAGCCCCACUGCCAUCAGCUGUGGCCCCCAUUCCUGUACUUCUCACACCUUAUCCAGAGGUUUUACCAUCCGCAGAGGACUCCAGGCAGGCUGGAGCAGACAUGGCCUCCGUCACCAAAGUGGUGGCAGAAAAGGAUGAAGAUCUGCCCCAGCCAUUGCGUCACAAACACAUGCGGGUGGAGACGGAGUAUGACACACUGCUGUCCACGUACAAUAACUUUAAGACUCUACCUGAUGCUCUGGGAUUAGAACAGGAUGAAUGGCCGCAAGACCGUCAGGAGGACACCAUGCCAAACCACUAUCCUCCAACGGCUAAUGCCGAGAGCCAUCCACAGCUUGCUGAGCCUGAAGAACGUUUUCUAACAAAAAGAGUCAGGGACCAACCACAAGCUAUGAGAUCCAAGGAUCACCCACACUCUGUCAGACUGCAGGGCCGUCAAAAGGUUGCUGGACCCAACGCUUAUUCACAAUUUGAGAGACCUGGUGUCCACCAGCCAUCAAACGAAAGACAAGAACACCCAAGGUCUGCUGGACCCAAGAAUGGCAAGCAGUCUGCCAGGGCCGAGGACGAUCAACUGCUUGCUAGACCAUCCAGAGAGGUGACUCCUAGACACGUCCCCUCCAACAGGGGGCAGCAUGGAGAGACUCAUGGACGGGAAAGACACCAGCCUCCUCCUGAAGCCGGCAGAGACAAAGCGAGUAAAAGAGCAAGUUCUAAGGAUCCUGCAGCACAUGUCUCUACGAGAUCUCCUUCGUUGACCCAGUUGAAUAAACGGUCCCCAAGGAGUCCGGCAGCUGAUUUAUCCGUUAGCGGAGACAGUACUCGAAGCCCGUAUUCUCGGAGAAGUAGCUUCGCCAGCAAAAGUACCAGCUCCUUAGCUCAGAAAGAACAUCCCAAGGAUAAUAAGAGGACCUCUGUGCAGGACAGGAUUGUGUCCCCAGAAACAGACAGCGGGUUCCUGGGGUCUGAGAGUGGCCGAUCCCCACAACUACGCAAACAGGGAGGCCGGGUGCCACCAAGCAGGGAAGCACCGGCAGAAGCUUUAGGCUCCACAACCUCUCCUCGCAGGAAUGAGGUUGGAAACUCUAGAACAGAAAUUGUUCCCAGAUCUAGACCACACAAGGCAUCGUUGGGAAAAAGACAACAGAGCAACCAGUGGGCCGGGCCCUCCGAGGCCAGCUCACCUUCCCUGGGACCCAAGAGUCUGACUGAGAGUGAGACCAGGGGACAGAGCAGUGAAUCAGAUUCUGAAAGAGACAUGUACGGGGACGUUAUCCAUGAGCCCACCUCUACUGACCCCGUCCUGCCUUCCCCUGUCGGAGAAGCUUCCCGACAUUUGAGAAAUAUUCUGGAGACUCGAACAGCAAGAGAUCAAGCCAUCCAAGACCUACAGAAAGAAGUAAUCCAGUUGAGACAGCACCUAGAGAACAGCCUAAACCGUCCACCUGCACAAGAGAGGCUUGGGGCACCCCGACAUUCAUCUACUUUUCUGAAUCCACAAGAGGAGAAAGUCCCCCAUUUUCCCAAGGACAGGGUUUCUUCUUCAUCCAGUGCAGGAACUGGUCUGAAUGAACCAAGAGCAGAACUUCCCGAGGUGCCAGAGAGUGGCUCCAACCAGUACUCACAAAGAAGAGGCAUCUAUGGAGAUUAUACAGGCACCUCGUAUCGGUUCCCAGGAACACCUUCUAACCACCAGACUAGACAGGUCACGGUCCCUUUCUGUGAGAGAUGUCAAGAUCAUAAAAACCAGAGUCCUGGUCAUCCAAGAGCUCGAGCAGAAGUGGACUCAAGCUCCCAGGUGCCAUCCUCUUGCCCCUUGUGUAAUGAGGGAAAGGACUCUACUGAUAACCACAGGACCGGAUUGUCUAACCAUCAAGCAAACAGGAGAAGCCAUAGGACCCGAAGGCUCCCCCCUUGUGGCCACUGGGUGUUAAAUCACCCUCCCCAUGUUAACUACGUACAGACGCCUCUCAUACCUUACAGCCCCCCCGUGAUAUACAGCCCUUCAUCCAGCGUCUAUGUUCCGAUGGGAUAUACAGUCAACGGGCUCCGUCCUCCCAGUGCCGUGGCCUCACCACCAGCAACCCCUACCCUAGAUCUGGAUGACCUUCUCUACCCUCUGAAUAGGGCAUUAGAGGCAGCCAAAGAGCUGAAAGUGACUAGCAAAAGAAUGUGCCACUCUCUGUCCUCUGACCUGAGCUUGAAACACAGUUUCCGAAGAUCCUGUCUCUUCUAGAGAGGGUGAGAUUGAAGGAAAGGCGAUGCACAGAAUAGAUGGAGACAAUGUAUGCUUAGACCUCUCCAGCUUCAUCUGUCACCUGCGGGACCAUUCAGAGGAAUGCGUUAUAUCGGAACAAUGGCCGGGCAGGGAUUUAUUUAUGUAUGUAUGCAUCAGUAUAAUA